GCUUCCCCGCGAGGCUGCGGGUGGCUCGGCCGGUGGUGCUGGCCCUGCUGAGGCGCAGACGGCCGGGAGUCCUUGCGGUGACCGGUGCUCGCUGCUGAGCACUGUCCCCAGAGGCUCCCAGCCCUGGCGUCGCCGUCCUACCACGCUAAGCUGGUGUCGGUGGCCCAGGGAGGAGCGCGCUCUCGCUGGGUCCCUACCGGGCCCUCAUGGUGGCCGAAGAGCGCGCUCUCGUUGAGUCCCUACCGGGCCUGCACGGUGGCCGAGGAGCGCGAGUGACCUGCAGGCCCUGGGCCGGAGAAGGCAGCAGUGUCCUGGGGUCGUGCGCUCAGAGCGCCGUGGGGCACAACUUGAGAUGAGACUGUAGUCCAGAGCGGACUGCGCUGGCGGUUUCAUUUCCGGGUGUGAUGGCCCGGCGUUUAAGAACGAACUCAGACGUUGCCUUAAUGAUGAAUGUGAACGUUGUUAAGCGGUGUCCUUGAUUGUGGAGUGUGAUAAGACAUUCUUUUUAAUCAAGAGUCAGUUAUCAGGCUCCUGAUGUAAAGGAGAAAAGGGGAAACAAGUCGUGGAUGGUCCUAAUUCAGUUACUUCGUUUAGAGACUCUUCAGUAGGAUGGGAGUUGUGGAGGCACUGCAGUGAACUAUGUAAUCAUGGAGUCGCCUUGCUAAUCAUCACCACCUGUUCUCCGUGAUAAGCCAGCGAGAAAGUGGGUCGAGGAGAAGGAAAAGAGGCCAACAUGAAGCUGAAGCAGCGAGUUGUGCUGCUAGCAAUACUCCUAGUCAUCUUUAUCUUCACCAAAGUUUUCCUGAUAGACAACUUAGAUACAUCAGCUGCCAACCGAGAGGACCAGAGGGCUUUUCACCGAAUGAUGACUGGCUUGCGGGUGGAACUGGUGCCUAAAUUGGACCACACCCUGCAAUCUCCUUGGGAGAUUGCAGCCCAGUGGGUGGUGCCCCGGGAAGUGUACCCUGAAGAGACACCAGAGCUGGGAGCAAUCAUGCAUGCCAUGGCCACUAAGAAAAUCAUUAAAGCUGAUGUGGGCUAUAAAGGGACACAGCUAAAAGCUUUACUGAUACUUGAAGGAGGACAGAAAGUUGUCUUCAAACCUAAGCGGUAUAGCAGAGACUAUGUGGUAGAAGGGGAACCGUAUGCUGGCUAUGACAGACACAAUGCAGAGGUGGCAGCCUUUCAUUUGGACAGGAUUCUGGGUUUCCGCCGAGCUCCUUUGGUGGUUGGGAGAUAUGUUAAUCUGCGGACAGAGAUCAAGCCUGUGGCCACGGAGCAGCUGUUGAGCACCUUCCUAACUGUAGGGAACAAUACAUGUUUCUAUGGGAAAUGCUAUUACUGCCGAGAGACGGAGCCAGCGUGUGCUGAUGGAGACAUGAUGGAAGGAUCCAUCACACUUUGGCUUCCAGAUGUGUGGCCCCUGCAGAAACAUCGACACCCCUGGGGCAGGACUUACCGAGAAGGCAAAUUGGCCAGGUGGGAAUAUGAUGAGAGCUACUGUGAUGCUGUGAAGAAAACGUCCCCCUAUGACUCAGGCCCACGCCUGUUGGACAUCAUUGACACUGCUGUCUUUGAUUACUUGAUUGGCAACGCCGAUCGCCAUCACUAUGAAAGCUUUCAAGAUGAUGAAGGCGCUAGCAUGCUUAUCCUUCUUGAUAAUGCCAAAAGCUUUGGGAACCCCUCGCUGGAUGAGAGAAGCAUUCUUGCCCCUCUCUAUCAGUGUUGCAUUAUUCGGGUUUCAACCUGGAAUAGACUGAACUACCUAAAGAAUGGAGUGCUAAAGUCUGCCUUAAAAUCUGCCAUGGCCCAUGACCCCAUCUCCCCUGUGCUCUCUGACCCACACUUGGACACUGUGGACCAGCGGCUUCUGAACGUCCUUGCCACUGUCAAGCAGUGCACUGACCAGUUUGGGAUGGACACUGUGCUGGUGGAAGACAGGAUGCCGCUCUCCCACUUGUAACUCUCAGCGAGAAACAAGUGGAACUGGAUUUUAUGAAGCUAGAGAAACAGCACAAUCAAUUCCAAGUGGCAUGUGACGGCCUGGACGUGGCCAGCAGCGGGUUUGGUGGUAGGAGACAGUGGUCCUAGGAGUGCUUGGUGUUUUCUGCGGUGUCUGCGUGGGAGCCUGUCUGUGGAGUCACCUGGCCUCCUCAGCAGUUGUCCAUUCAGGCAGCAGGCUCCGGCUCUGGUCAGUCGUAUUCCCACCCCAAAGGGCAAACAGGUGUGACACUGGCUAAGGAAUUGGUUCCAGAGUGUGUCUGGGGUGAACCUUGCCGUCCUUUCUCCACACCCAUGGAUUCUGUAGACUGACUUUGCAGUCCCUUGUGUCUUUAAAAACAAACAACAAACAAAGGCAGAACUAGUCAGCUUAUAAAAUGUCCUGCACCUCCAGAGUGGCAUCAGACAAGAUAGCACAGUGUGCUGGAGGAGACCCAUUUUAAGGUAGAUGGAGGAAGGGAAGGUGAGGAAGGUGAUGGAGCUCUUCGCUAUUGAGUGCUAUGGAUUUGACAUCUCAGGGAAGAGAAGAGGGAGGGACUCACCCUGUAGAACCAGGAGGAUGAUUGAUUGCCUUAGAGAAAAUCAGCUUCCCCUGUGUUUAGGUUCUUGGAUAUGUCUGAAGCAAACACUCAUCCUCCAGUCCUGCUCAAAUGAACCAAAACCGUCUCCAGAGGAAAUAGGAUUACAACCCAAGCAUGAUCCCUGCCGGACACUGACUUACCUCCAGAGUAACAAAACCCUGAAAUAAUGCAAGUUUGGUACCCGUGACCUCUGUCAUCCUCACACACACACCCCUUUCUCUCAUUGGCAUUGUUUACUUUGAUUAGACUGUAGGCUCUUACUCUAGCCCAUGCUAGUCUGGAAUUAGUAUAUAACCAGGCUGGCUUUGAACUGGCAGCAGUCCUUCUGCCUCAGCCUUUCACAUGCUAGGAUGAAGUAUGAGCAACCAUACCCAGUUCUCAUUUCUCUUCUAAGGUGUGAGGCAUUUGAUCAGCGAUGCUGCUGUCCCAAGGAGGUUGAUGGCCUUGUCUGUGCCCUCUUAUGAGAAAGUGUCCUACUGGUAGCUGGACUGAGCUUGCGAUGUGGGCCCUGCAGGUAGCAAAAAAAAAAAAAAAAAAAAAGAUUUUAAGCCUUCUGAGCCUUGAAACUGAGUCUACCACAAAGAGCCUUAAUAUUUUGGUUCAUAUUGAGUUCUGAACCUAUGGUGUUGUUAGUAGAAUUCUUUCAUCCCAUGGAGCCUGGCUUGAGCAACUGCCUUCUGAGUUUAAGCCUCAGGCCUCUCACAUUGAAACGUAGGAGCCUGUAACAACUUAUACAAGGUAUGGAAAUAGGAAAGUUUGCACAUUUUAGGUACAUUUUGAGGUAGACUGAAGAAUUGGCUGUAUUUUUUAAUGCAAAUAUUGAACUUAAGGAAGCAAAUAUUAACACAAACACUGAAAUAGUGUUAACAAAAGGUGUUGAGUCCAACUUCAAGGCCACUUGUCCAGCAAAUUCACAGUUGAACUUGAGAUUAGUGUGGUCAGUGCUUAUGAAAGUGGGAGCCAGCAGGUGGCAGCAGUCAGCCCUCCCACUCUGGGACACACUGGUGAUGGGAGUGACAAGGAGCCUCACUUGCAAUGUUGAAGGCAUGGGAUUCUUCUGAGGCCAAGAAGAGGCAGAAAGGGUGCUCCAGAAAAAUGUCUUCUCUGUCUUAGCAUAGUCACAGAAAAGUCAUUUCACACUCCUGCAUUAGGAGGCACGCAGAUCCACAGUGGAUAAAGUGAGCCAACAGAGUGGUGUGACACAGCAAUUAGAAUAUAAGCUCUGCUCUGAGGUGGGAUUGCAUUAAGCUAGGAAAGGUAUAUUGGUGAAUCUUGGCAAGGCCGGCAGGGGCGGGGGCAGGGAGGCAGCCAUAAGCUUCUAGCUCCAAACUUAUAGACACAGUUGUGUUGUGGAAAAAAAGCAUAGGUGCAUUUUUUAAAAAGUGUUGAAACUCUGACCCCUUUCGAGGUCAUUUACUAGAGUUAGGGCUGUUAUAAUCAAGUCACCAGUGGGAGUUAGGUCAGCUCUAAAUUAUGUUUGCCAGCUGAACGUCUGAAUACCUGGAUACAUUUACUACAAAACCAAGAAACUGGGACCUAUUGCUGUUCCCUCAUUUGUCCCCACUUCUUAAACACGUGUCCUCGAAGUUGAAAUGAGAAAUUUAGGGUAAGAAUUUUUAUUCUCAAACUGUUCCUUAGUCUCAGGCUGCAUUGUGCUAUAAAUUCCUUUUAAAACAGGAGGCUCUGGUUUGCUGAAGAUGGGUGGUAUUUUUAAGGUAUGUCUCCCUGUUUGCACUCAGGGUUAAAGUGUCAAGACUAAAUUUUAAGAAGAAAAUGGAGGAAUCCGGCUACAUUUAUUACAGAUUAUUUUGGCAAAGUGGAUCCUGGCAGCUUUUCUAUUUUCCCAGUGCUGGUGACAGCAUUGCCAUCCAAAGAAUUCUCCAUGCACCACAUCCCUUCAGCCUCCCUUCUCAUUCCUCACUGGAUCUCUUUGAUCGGCAAUUGACCUUCUCUUGUGACUAUAAAACAGCUUGGGUCAGCAAGCUCCCUUGUGUCUCUGGUCUGACUUUCAGGAUGGCGGGUGCAGGGCUUUGGGUCAGUGUGGCUGUGGUUGUAUUCUGCCAAGGAACAUGGAUUUCCUUUGACACUGAGAAAGGACUUGGCCAGUAGAGGUUAGCAUAUUCACCAAGCAUCUCCUGAGCGGUCUGCUGAGCCAGGUGACCUGACUGUGACACUUGCUCUGUGGGAGAGGCUGGCUUUUCUCCCCUGUAUCUCUAGUCUGGGUGGCAAAUGGGGACUGGGUACUGCACUGUCAUGAAUUUUUAGGACCUACAGUGAUCCUCAAACUUUUGGGGGAAGCUGGGAAUAACUUACUGGGAGGUUAAUUUAUUUGUCUAAAGGGUGGUGUAGGCAUCACUGCCCUCUUGUUUGAUCUGCCUGGGAUUUCCUCUUGGAGCUGUUGGGCAGACAGAGGUUGUACUUGGUAAGACACCAGACAAAUUUCUAAUGUGUUCUGUGGGUUUCAAUUCUGAAAAAAAAAAAAUAAAGAUUUUAAUAUA